CCGUGCGCUGGGGACGAAAUAGAAGUGCGCACUCACUUCCUGAUGGAGUUCUUGCGAAGAAUACAAAUAUACAUUUACGGAUCCUGCUAGACCAGUUAUGCCUGAUUGUCGACGGUAGAGUGAAAAAACAUUUUUGUUCCAAGGACGUUAUUGAUGGAGUUUUUGUUGAUGAAUUAUAGACAUCUCCACGUCCCGAGAGCCGGUGCUGGUGAGCUAAAAAGCCCCGCAGUUGGUGGCUGACGUGAGCGAGUAAUGUCGCUGUCUUUACCAUCCACCGAGAUGCUGGAGACGCCCCCUGGAUAUCCAUUUGAGGAAAUUAAUUAUGAGGACAUCGAGGUGGAGGAGGUGGUGGGAAGAGGAGCGUUUGGGGUGGUUUGCAAAGCCAAGUGGAAAGGCAAAGAUGUUGCAAUCAAGACCAUUGAAAGUGAAUCGGAGAGAAAAGCCUUUAUUGUUGAGCUCCGCCAGCUUUCACGGGUAAAUCACCCUAAUAUUGUGAAGCUGUAUGGCUCAUGCAAUAAUCCAGUCUGCCUUGUGAUGGAAUAUGCAGAGGGUGGAUCACUCUACAAUGUGCUGCAUGGUGCUGAACCCCUCCCCUGCUACACUGCUUCCCAUGCCAUGAGCUGGUGUUUACAGUGUUCCCAGGGUGUGGCCUACCUCCAUGGCAUGAAACCAAAGGCUCUCAUCCACAGGGACCUUAAGCCACCAAAUUUGCUGCUUGUGGCUGGCGGCACUGUGCUGAAGAUAUGCGACUUUGGAACGGCAUGUGACAUUCAGACUCAUAUGACAAACAACAAAGGAAGUGCAGCAUGGAUGGCCCCAGAGGUAUUUGAAGGCAACAAUUACAGCGAGAAAUGUGACGUAUUCAGCUGGGGGAUAAUUCUCUGGGAGGUGAUCACACGCAGGAAGCCCUUUGAUGAGAUUGGAGGACCGGCUUUUCGUAUUAUGUGGGCAGUGCACAAUGGCACAAGACCACCUUUAAUCACAAAUUUACCCAAGCCAAUUGAAAGUCUGAUGACCCGCUGCUGGUCGAAAGACCCGUCUCAGAGGCCUUCCAUGGAGGAGAUUGUGAAGAUCAUGACUCAUCUGAUGAGGUACUUUCCAGGAUCUGAAGAACCCCUGCAAUGUCCGUACCAGUAUUCAGACGACGGACAGAGCAGCUCUGCAACUAGUACAGCCUCGUAUGUGGACACCAGCAACAAAAGUGAUGCAAACAUUGAGCACAGUGACUCACAGGGGAGCAGUGACACGAUUAAGAUCACACCACAGUUUGCGCCUCACUUCAAGCCAAAGGUAGACCCGUUGAGAACUCUGCCUCUUUCAAGAGGAGGCAGUUUUGAGAGUCUGUCUGCUCGACCACAAGGCCUGACAUCCUCGGACAGCAAACGAAUGAGUGCUGACCUUUCAGAGCUGGAGCCCAACAUAGGAUUUACACCAGCAGCACGUCCCCAGUAUAAACGAGGCCAUCGUAAAACAGCGUCAUUUGGCACCAUUCUGGAUGUUCCCAAGAUCGUCGUCACAGCCACAUGCGAGCCUCAGAGACGUCGCUCCGUACAGGAUUUGCCAGGCAUUGGCACAGAGUCCACCCAGGGAUGCAGAAACAGCAGAGGUUACUUCUCCCCCGAUGAGCUCAAAGACACCAACGGCUCAGACAAUUCCAUUCCCAUGGCUUACCUCACUCUUGAUCACCAGCUGCAGCCCCUCGCUCCUUUCCCCAACUCAAAAGAGUCCAUGGCUGUUUUUGAGCAGCACUGCAAAAUGGCUCAAGAAUAUCUGAAAGUGCAGACAGAGAUCGCCCUGCUGAUCCAGAGAAAAAAGGAACUCAUUGCUGAAUUGGACCAAGAUGAGAAGGACCAGCAGAACACGUCCCGUCUGGUGCAAGAGCACAAAAAACUACUGGAAGAAAACAAGAGUCUGUCCACAUACUACCAAAAGUGCAAAAAACAGCUGGAGCUGAUCCGCGUCCAGCAGCAGAAGAGACAGGGGACAUUGUGAUGCCAUGUGAACUCCUGCAAUCCGACAUCCACUCAAGUAUACACACAAACUCAUCACCCUUUCUUUCCAGUCCAGUGCUGACACGCCUUGCAUGUCGCACACUGUGGUCCCUUUGCCCCUGUCCAACAGGAAGGUGUCUUGUGUACAUAUAUUGCACAUCCUCACAGUGUAUUCUGUGAUUGUAGACCAAACAAUCACUGCAUCCCAGAGCCUGCUGGCUUUCAGAGCGGAGCUUCGCUUCUAUGGUGGCCGUGUGAGACGGCAGGCUGGUGUGUAUUUCUACAUGUUGCUCUCAGGGCCUCUUGGAUGACCAGUUGAUGUUUUGUUUUUUUUCAUUCCUCAGCAUCUUCUGGGGGACUCGGUAACAUUUUUUUUUUUUGUGGCCAUCGUCCACAAAUGUGUGAAAAAAGCAAGCAGUUCAGCAACAAACGUGGGAAUGUGGGGGGGGGGUGCCGUUAGGCCGAAGAUGCACCCCUGUAUCACAGUAUUUCAUCUUCCAUGUCCCCCACCCUCAAUUUGAGCUUUGGCCCUGACAGACACCAGGUGUUUACGUCCUCCGUUUGGAUGCAUCGUCCUUCUAGAACAGGGGUGGCCAAACUUUUUCCACCAGGGCCACACAGUGAAAAAUGAAAGGAUGAUAUUUUGUAAAGCAACACAUGUAGAUAUGCUAAGACGUUAUAUAUAUUUCAGGAAAAAGCCAGUAUCAACUUCACUUGUUGCGUUGUUUUCCCCCCAUUUUUGCUGUUUUUUUUUUUUUUUGUAAAUAUUUCUUUUUUUUUUAAAUUUUGUACAUUUUCUUCUUGUAGUGUAACUUUACUCCCAUAUUAUACAUUUUUCCCCAACCCAAUUUUGUUUGUUUCUAAUAUUACUUUUUAAAAACUAACGUAUUUUUUCUUUAAUAUUUCAUCUCAUAUUACAAGUUUAUUCUUGUAAAACUGCACCUUUUUUUCCUCAUCAGAAUACAACUUUUUUUUUCUCUUAAUAUUUUGAUUUUAACUUAAAAAAUUACAGCUGUUUUUUUUUUUAUUUUCCAACAAUUAACUUUUUUUGUGUAAAUGUUAUAAUUUUCAUAAUUAGGACUUUAUUCCCAUAACAUAACUUUUUCCUCAACCUGAUUUUCCAAAAAUUACAACUUUGUUUGUUGUUGUAUAUCACAACUUAGGAAAAACAACAAUUUCUCUAAUAUUUAAACUUCAUGCUACUAAAAUGUUAGUUUUCCUCAUAAAAUUACAUUAUACUCCUAAAAAAAAAAGUAAAUAUUUUGACUUUAUUCUGGUAAAAUUACUGCUGAUUUUUCCAUUUUUAUUAUUAUUUAAGUUCUCUUGUUAAAUUAUAUUUUUAGAAUGUGCCGCAGGCCUCAAUUUGGACACCCCUGUUCUAGAAAGACUUAUAUCUGUACCGCAAAAACACAAAAAUAAGCUUUCCUUGCAAAUUAGAGAAGCUGUGGAUUCCGCAUAAAACAUAUUUGGACUCCAGUGUUGUUUUGAUUUGUAAAUGUUUUUCUCUUUUCUAUUCAGUAGUUGACCUUUUUGUUCUUUAGGACGUAUUUUACGGGGUGUGGAAAUUCUCACUGAGAAGUAAUAGCGAGCCUGUACCUGAUAUACGGUAGUUUGGUUUUAGUUCACAUGUUGCCUUAGAAGUCGCCUGCAUUUUAAGUGCUUGACUUGUUUUACGUGACAUUUAAUUCAUAUUAAUGUAACGGACAUUGGAUGUCACAGGUAAGAAUAAUGUAUGCUUCCCUCUUGCUGUGCACCCAAAGGAGGCUUGGAUGUAAUCGCUUUCAUAUCCCAGAAGUAUUUUUACACAUUGCUUUACCCGGUGAAGUCAUUUAUCGCUAAGACUUGAGUUGCUGAUGCACGGGGAUGAAUGGUCACGCAUCUUUUGUCUCCUACAUUUUCACUUUACAUGCACAAACAACGUAAACAACUCAGUGUGUGGCUUCAGUUGACGGUGACGAAGGCGUCGUGAAUAAACUCAAUUGUCUAAAUUGUUUUUGUUGCUUUUCUCCCCUCCCGACCCCGCACUUUAACAUAAUAAAUGACACCUGUGUUCAAGGAAAA